UUCGUUGCCACGACCGACUCGGCAGCGACAUCGAUCAAACGGCACAUCACAUCGCACUCCGAACGGAGGCACUCGACGUCGACUACUAAUUCUACUCGGUAUUUUAUUCCGUCGAGCCGACGGCUACGUCAAUGGAGCACAGCGAGCGCGGAGAGGCAGAGAGGGCCCCGACACACCCGGACUCGAGUGCUCCCUUACACGCGAAAUCGUUCAAGCUGCGCUUCGCGUCCCAGCGGGAGCUCGGGCGCUCCUACGUGUCCGCAGUGAAGCCGCUGAGACUACCGGCCGUGGUGCGCGCCGAGUGGUACCGGCGCGAGCCCGCGGGCGCGGUGGACGAGCGCCGCGCGCGCGCCGCGCUGGCCCGCGUGCGCGACAUGUUCGGGCGCGGCCCGCGGGACAAGUACUCCGAGCCCGUCACCACUUCCAACGAGUACGGCUGGUGGUGGCAGUGGGCGCGCCCGCAGCCCGACCGCCGCCUGCGGCACCACAUUCAGGACUCGGCGUGGCUCAAGGAGCGCUUGCGAGUGCUCGCCGCCGACGCCGGCAUUAAGCGACGUUAGCUCGGUUGCUUGCUUUACAUUUUGGUUGUAACUCAUUUUAAUUUUUAUUUGAUGAAAUUGUAUCUGGACUUAUUGCAGAUUACAUUAAUAUUACUUACAGGUGUACCCCAAAUAGCUGGAAAGAGUGUAGUAAAACAUCUCCUCACUUCAUUAU